AUGUUCCGAAGUGUCGUCGUCGCAAGAAUAGCAAAACAGGCUAUUGAAAAUGUCACAGAACGGAAAAAUGCAAUCACCAAAAUCCAAAAUAUCAUCAGAAACAGUCUGACAGAGUUUGAUAAAAGUGUCGAGGAAUACAAAGUUUAUCGAGAGACUCAUGAUACUCCCGAUUGGGGAGUUGUUCGAAUGAGUAGUAUUGCAAUGGCUAAUCAUCAUUUUGAAGAAGCCGAAUUGUUUCUAAAACAACAAAUGGAGGAAUACGGUGGUGCAGCUCGGAGGCAAGCUCGCAAUGUGGAUGUUACUGAUGAACAGAUUUGCGCAUCAAUGGAACGAAUUCUUCGGAAACCGGAUGCUUUGGAAUCCGCUUUCAAGUUUUUCGAUUUUCUUCGAAAAUAUAAAUUCUGCACGACUCGAGAUGUUUUUGUCAAAGUUCUUAUUGAAAGCACAGUUGAAAAGUGUGGCUGGAAAGAAGGGUUGAGUCGCCUAAACAAAAUAAUGAGCGAGGAUAAAAGAGCGAAAAGUAUGAAAAUGAGUUUAUUCUUCAUUCUAGAGGACGCCUGGAAAGCUGGUGAAGCUGAUCAAGCGGAAUCAAUAGUAUCAGAAAUGGGAAAUGUGAAGCCAUCUACUCUACGUUCGAUUCAACUUUUCAUCAGAUUCAAUGAGUUGCCACGGCUGGAAGCAGCUGAUUACUGCAAGCGAAAUUCAAUAAAAUUAUCUCACGAAGAUGUUGCUUUCUUUGUGGAGAUGUCUGGUAAAUUGAAAUAUCCCAUGCCUCUUCUUCGACUACUCGAAGUUCAUGAGUUCGUCCCAAUCCCAAAAACAAGCUUUUACUCUAUCUUCGAGGAACUUAUCAAACUAGCCGGGAAAUCUGAAAAAUGCGAAAUCCUAGAAGAGAUGAUGUGGAAAGUGAAAAAGAGUCGAGAAGUCAGUGAUGCUGAAAAGUCGAUUUUAUAUGGAAAGAUUCGGCAUUUUUAUAAGUGUCUGAAUGUGAAAGCGCCGGAAAAGUUGCAUUAUUUAAUAAGAGCUGAUAACAAUUAG